AGUUUUUCUUUGCACAUUUCUUCACAAAAUAUCGUCUGCCGUCAUGAAUCCCGAUAUUUUGAAAGAGCGUCAAAAUGCAACUCUUGACGUUGAGAAACUCGUCAAUAUUUUGGAUGGAGGUUCCGAAAGGACCAAAAGAAGGCGAGAAAUCGAGACACUGGUUCUGAAUGACCCGGCUUUUAAGGAGGAGGACCCAAACUUUCUGUCCCGCAGUGAACGAUAUGACCAGGCUGUUCGAAAAAGUGCCCAAAUGAUCCUGAAGCUCAGAGAGUAUGGUAUUGCAGACCCCAAUGAAAUCCAGUUCUACAAAAGUUGUGUGCACCCUGGUAGGCCAGAGCCCUUGGACCUCCAUCUGGGAAUGUUCCUGCCCACACUGCUUAACCAGGCCACCCCAGAGCAAAUGGACCAUUUCUUCAUGCCAGCCUGGAAUCUAGAGAUCAUUGGCACCUAUGCACAGACAGAGAUGGGUCACGGCACCCACCUGAGAGGGCUUGAGACCACUGCCACAUAUGACCCAGCCACACAGGAGUUUGUCUUGAACAGUCCCACAGUCAGCUCCAUCAAAUGGUGGCCUGGAGGACUUGGAAAGACCUCAAACCAUGCUAUAGUUCUAGCCCAGCUCUACACACUGGGAAAUUGCCAUGGUCUCCAUGCUUUCAUCGUACCAAUUCGGGACAUGGACACCCAUGAACCACUACCAGGGGUUGUGGUUGGUGAUAUCGGCCCCAAAUUUGGCUUUAGUGAAGUUGACAAUGGAUUCUUGAAGUUGGAGAAUGUACGGAUUCCCCGGGAUAAUAUGCUGAUGAAGUAUGCCAAGGUGGACCCAGAUGGUACUUACGCAAAGCCACCAAGUUCAAAGUUGACCUAUGGAACCAUGGUGUUUAUCCGAUCUCUCAUAGUGGGAGAGUCAGGCCGGGCCCUGGCUAAGUCCUGCAUUAUUGCCAUCCGCUACAGUGUUGUUCGUCACCAGUCUGAAAUCCGUCCAGGAGAACCAGAGCCGCAGAUCCUUGAUUACCAAACACAGCAAUACAAGCUGUUCCCCCUCCUGGCUACAGCCUAUGCUUUCACUUUUGUUGGCCAGUACAUGAACCAGACCUACCAUCGCAUCACUGGAGACAUCAGUCAAGGGGACUUCAGUGAACUGCCCGAGCUCCAUGCCCUCUCUGCUGGCCUGAAGGCUUUCAGCACCUGGACAGCUAACGCAGGCAUCGAAGUUUGCCGUAUGGCUUGUGGGGGCCAUGGCUACUCUCGCAGCAGUGCCCUACCAGACAUUUAUGUGGAAUUCACUCCUACCUGCACCUACGAGGGAGAAAACACAGUCAUGAUGCUGCAGACUGCAAGAUACCUGGUGAAGAGCUAUAGGCAGGCUAAGGCAGGUCAGCAGCUGAGUGGCAUUGUGUCGUACCUGAAUGAAGCGGUGAGAGUCCAGCUUCAGCCCGUGUCUGCCAGACCAGCCGUGGUCAACAUCAGUGACCUGUCCAGCCUGGUUGAAAUCUACAACUGCGUGCUGCCAUUUUGGUCGAGCUAGCAGCUAAAAACAUCCAACAGGAUUUGCAGCUCAAGAAGAGCCAGGACGAUGCAUGGAACAACAACGCUAUUGACUUGGUCAGAGCCUCGGAUUCCCACUGUCACUAUGUGGUAGUGAAGCUCUUCGCUGAGAAACUGGGGGAGAUAAGUGACACAGCCGUACACUCAGUGCUGUCAACACUGGCUCUGCUCUACGCGCUGCAUGGCAUCACAAACAACUCUGGAG